CAAACAAGUUCUUUAUCGGAGUUAUCUGUUAAUUCAACAACCACCGGCGAGCGAAUAUUGAAGCUGAAGAAGAAAUGUGGAUGAGGUUUCAAUAUUCCCAAAUAGUGGGCAAUGUUGAAAGAGCCAGCACCAGUUAAGUGGCUUUUAUAGCGCGACUCACCAAAGUGGCGUUAUGUAAUGUGUAAUUGCGAACAUUUCUAUAAAUAUAUGGUAAAGUUACAAAAAUAGCCCUCAAGAUUAAUUAAGAAAAAAAUGGCUUUGUUGGGCGCUCAGCUUGUAAUUACUUUAGUGAUGAUCAGCAUCAUCCAAAAGAUUGGACCUCAUUUCUCUUUUGCCAAGUGGCUGAUUUGUUCCACCGGCCUUGUCCGCUAUCUGUAUCCUACGAAUGAGGAGCUCAGGCAACUGGCCAACAUCCCCAAAGACAAAUCAAAGAACAAAAGGAACCCCAAGGGGAUGGCGAAUGGAAAAGACACUCCUGAAAAGUUCCACAUAGAUCGCUCAUUGGAUGUAACGUUGGAGACUGCUAAAGUCACAUAUUUGGAUGUGGUACAUCUGAGGUACUAUAGCGAAUACCAAUGGUUAGUGGACUUUUCUGUAUAUGCAUCUAUUGUGUAUAUCAUUACAGAGGUUUAUAAUAUGUGGUUCCCUAUUAAAGACGAGGUGAAUUUGAGCAUAAUUUGGUGCUUCCUCGUCGUCCUAUUUGCUGUAAAACUGUUGAUCAGUUUAACAGUCCAGUACUUCCGAGGUGAAGAAUCGGUGGGUGAGCGGUCAACAUGUAUAGUGAUGGCAUUUAUAUACUUGCUGGUGGCAAUGAUGGUUCUGAUAAUCGACGAAAAUACCCUGGAAUUGGGCCUGGAGAGCGCUUACAGCACGUUCAACACGAGCGCCUCAGCUUUUCUAAAUCGCCAAGGAUUGAGUUCUUCAGGACCUGCAUCGAAGAUCGUCAUAAAAUUCUUCAUAGCUAUAUGGUGUUCUAUUCUCGGAGCGAUUGUAACGUUUCCAGGCAUGCGAAUUGCCAGAAUGCACUGGGAUCUCUUAAGAUAUUUUAGGGAAAAUAGAGUCAAGCAGCUGCUUUUAAAUAUUGCAUUCGCCCUGCCAUUCCUGCUGGUUAUUCUUUGGGUCAAACCUAUCACAAAAGACUACCUGACGGUCCGAAUUUUUGCAGGCAGAACUGAGCCAAUAAUGACUGAGCAAAGUUUUGAAAUAGCGAGACUUUUGGCAAUUUUUUCCACAAUUGCUGUGAAACUAUACCUCAUGCCCUGGUACCUUCAGGCCUACCUAGAUAUGGCCUAUCAUCGCACUCAGGAACAGAAAAAGGAAGCCGGGAGAAUUACGAACAUCGACUUCCAAAAGAAGGUGGCCGCUGUUUUUUACUACUUGUGCGUGGUGGCUCUUCAGUACUUGGCGCCUUUGAUACUGUGUCUGUUCUUCAGCUUCAUCUACAAAACUCUUGGUGAAUACCAAUGGAGUUGGUUAUUAAGUAGCUCAAAUGCAGAGUGCUCGAUUGAGGACGAACCAGUAAUUCCGCUGCCUGCAAAAGUAGGAGCAGAGGUGGAACCAGUUGAGGAGCUGUUUUUGACUUUGGAGAGUUUAAAGUCUGUGUUUGCGGCCAAUGUCUUUCGAGGAGUUUUUGGAUUCGCAACUUGGUGGAGUUGUUUCAUUUAUUUUGCCACCACAUCUGUGGGUCUAAUUUAUCAAUCGUAUUUUACGGUGAUUUAAGUGGUCACGCCAAACACUGUUUCAUUCGCCAGCUGGUUACUUGUUCUCAUUUUGAGUUAUGGAUGAAAAAUCUACCAGGAAUUGUAAUCGAGAAUUUUCAAGUUUCAUGACUAAGGGUAAUUAUUCUUAUAAUUAGGAAAUUGUUUUACUACAGAUAAACAAUGCAUUGUAUCACCGUAUCCUUGUGUUGCUUACUGGAAAUGUGUGAGUCGUGAAUCGCACAAUCGGAGAGUGAUUUUGAAACAUUUUGCAAUAUUUUUGCCUCUAUGAAAAUGCCCGUCUUGAAGUUGAACAUACGCAAAAUAGUUUAAGCAAUUUCAUAUCAGGCUUCCUGAGUGAGUUUACGUAAAAAUUGUCAUCUCAUUUGUAGCAAUUAAAAGUAAUUUUCUAGGAGGAUCAAAAGUAUUUGAUUCAAAGUCGAAAGUCUUAAGUACCUUACGUUUUCCAAACGAAUAAUUUAAAACCGCCGAAACGUAGCAAUAACGAUGAUAAUGGAUUAUUUGUAUUAUCUUAUAUGCGUAUACGUGUGCUAAAUUUGAUAAUCCCUCGUGUUCCUUCUGUUUUUUGUUGUAUUUGUAUGAUGUUGAGUUCAUUUUGAAUGCGUUAACUGUUCUUGAUGUAGUGUGUUUGUUUGUAAAUUAUAUCCUAGAAAACUGCGA